AUGCUCGUGGACGACCUCGUCGGUCAGCUUGCCAGUCUGAGCCUGGAUGUUGGCCGAGUCCCCCAGGAGAAAGCUUCAAAGAAGCUGGAGUACAAAGACGAAGGUGAACAUGCAAUCAAGCAACUGGAGGCCCACCUUGCGCGAGUGCGACUUCAAGUGUCGAAACCUCAUUCGCUAGGGCAUGCAGCCACGCAGGAGGGCAAAGGGCUUCUCAAGAUCGCUCAGGCAGGACUACGGAACACUGCCGGGGGGUUGGAACCACUUCGCCUGGCGUACGAGGCUUCGCGCUCCCUUUUACCGCUAUCUCCCUUCAUCUCGGCGGCUGAUCUGACCAUGGAAAGGCUGUGGUACAAGGUGGCUUCGCGCAGUGUCGAGCUCGGCGAUUUCUUGCUUGGUCUCCGCGCUUCUGCUUGCCUCCAGAUAUGUUUGGAUCAGCGCAAAGGAGACGACUUUGCGAUACGUGGUGGGGGGGACGGGGGGAAAGACAACGCAGACUGCUGCCUUGUUAUUGUCUCCAAGGCGGAUGGCGAGGAUUUACGGCUCCGCUCUUUCAGGUCACCAGGAGCGAGCGGUUCUAUGGCGUUGGCUAAGCUAGUUAGCGGCGCGUGCUUGAACGCGUGCCGGUGUUGCCUCGAGGUCGCCUCGAUAGGGGCGCUCAGGCUGCUGUCAGGGGAGCUCGGUCGAAGCGCUGGAAGGUGGAUCGAUAGGGUCAGCGAGCUCGGGGACGACGCCACUGCUGGUACGAAGAAUUCGUACAGAGGCCUCCUCUUCAAGCAGCUUUGGCUCGGGUGUGCUUCGUUGGAGAAUCCCGGUCUGGGCGCCAAUUCGCGGGAAUGUUUGCUGGGUCGGGAGACGGCGAUGGCGGUAAUGUUGAGGAAGGAAGACGCUUGGAACGCCGACGUUUUCGUUGCUCACGCCCUCCGCGGAGCGAUGGCACUGCAAGAACGCGCCGCUGGCGACCGGUCAAGCGCCGACGAGGGGGCAGAGCUAUCGGCCUUCUGCUUGAGCGGGCUGUCUGAGCGGGAGGGCGAAGGAUGGCCGGUUCGAGUUGCAGAAAGUUCUGGGAAGUUGCAUCCCACUUGGGUAGACUGGCUACAGUACUCCGCCGGGCUUCACGAGAAGGCUGGGCAGGCUGCAGAGGCUCAGCGGCUGCUGCAUCUGGCCUUCGAGUACGUCCAUCGAUGUUGGAAGCGGCAGCCGAAAGGAGGCCACAGGGCGGCUGAGUGCGCGGCGUACGCAAGCAUCUUGAAGAUGCAUACGGCGGCCAUGAUCACGUCGCUCCGUUCCCCCGACGGUGGUGCUGCUGCUGCCGCUGCUGCUGGUCCGGCCGCCACGCCGCGUGUCGGCAAACAAUUGGCCAAAAAGCGCGGGGGGAAGAGAGCCGCGGAACCAUCGGAGCCGUCGUCGGUGGUCCAUGCCCUCACUUCGCGUGGACUGGACUACCUUGAGGACGCGCUUGCCGCUCUCGAAGCUCUUACGGAGGACACGGAUGGCGAGGAAGCGGGAGCAGAGGCCGCUGCCUUUGUCGGCGCAGCCGUCAAGACGUGGGCACGGGCGAAGAAGUCCUGCGGUGUAACCGCUCUGUGGGUGGAAGAAGCCAGCGGCCAUGAGGCGGGGAGCUCUGGUGGGUCUGGUGGGAAGCCCGGAGAACUGGAGUGGUCCGCCCUGAGUGCGCGUGGGCACUGGGUCCUCGCCGACCUGAGCCUGAAGCUGGAGCUUGUUCGAGGGAGAGGCAGCCUUGGUCGCGUGCUCGAACGGAUCCCCCGAACCGAAUCGCUCGCCCAGCUUGCUGUCGACAGCUACCUCCGGAUUGCACACGCCCAUCUCGGUGCCCUGGCAACAACGCUUAGACCUGGCCAAGCUACUGGCGUCCGGGCUGGGCGAGGGCAGUCGCAGGCCGGGAGCAACGACGAUGGCGCCCGUCGCACAUUGGCGGCUGCUGAGCAAACCCUGGAGAACUUUGUCGACGUUCUUCCGCCCCAAGCCAUCAAGCGGGUGGGCACAGGCUGGUUCGGGCUCGGAACGACGCUGGUGGACCACGGCGAGGUUGACACAGGCGUGCAAGCUCUCCUUCGAGGGUGUCGCCUGCUGGAGAGAUGGACAGAGGCAGAGUCAGACCGAUCAUCAGAAUCAGAGAUGGGGUCUUCGGAGGACGAGGAUUGUUCCACAGGCCCCGACGUGUGGGAGAUCUUGCGAUCCGCCCAGCUAGACAUGCGACUGGUGAAGCUCAGCCUGGUGCUCCAGGAUUCCGCGGCCGGCGUCGUGGCCGCCGCCGCGAUGGCGAGAGCACUGGCGUUUUGUCCUGGGGUGUGGCGCUUAUCUUCUCCCGGAGACCAGCCAGACUCUCCAGCAGGGGCUCUUGCCUUGGUUGAGAGGUUUGUGGCGUGCAAGCUUCGUUGUGGCAGUUCCUCGGACGGGGGGUUGACUGGAGAUACAGCCAGAAUGCUAUCUGAGUACCUGUCGGACGGCGAGGAGCGGCUUGCCGGAGGAGGAGGAACGGCUCUCGACCUGCCGACAGCUCUCGAAAAGCGAGGUCUUUCUCCCGUGGCGAUCGUGUGGGUUCUCCUCGCCGCGUGCCGUGUGUAUCGCGCGCAUCUACCUUUGUGCAUCUCCGAAGAAGCGGGAUCUGCGGCUGGGGAGGAGGACGAGGAGGAGGACGGGGAGGAGGAGGGAGGCGCGUUGGCGGCGUGUGUUGAGGGCCAUCGUCGCGCGACCGAGGCGGUCCUGAGGAUUUGCAGCAGUUACCAAGAUGGGGUGGAUGACGGGCGAGACGGAGCAGGCUCUUGGGAGGCCCAAGCUCGUUUGCUGGCUGCAAGGUUUGAGCAUGAUCUGCAUCUCGCCGACGUUGCCGAUGGUCGAGCAGCAGCCCACGAGGCGGGGAGGGUGCUCGCAGACCUUCCGGCCGGCCUUGAACACUCUGUAAGCGGUGUCGCAGCUGCAUCCAAACUCUGGGGUGGGGAGGACUCUGGUUCCGGCUCCCCUGUUGCGGCUGCCGCAGCGGGUGUGUUCGCUUGCAUCCGAGCCAUGCUUCUCCGUUCUGUGGCGGGUCAAGAGGGUGACGUGCAUACCUCCUUGCAUGAGGGCUGUAGGUUGAUCGAGCAAGCCGCACGGGACUCGGACUGGACUCCUUCACACAAGUCGCAGGCAAACCUAGGACCUGCCGGCGCUGGCACCAUCAUGGACUAUCUGGACGUGUUGGAGGCCCACUACGCCCUGCAUGGCGACACGUUGCAACGAGCGAAGGUGGCCGAAGUGAGGCUUGAGCUGGCCGACCGCGUUAGCCUUAACGGAGGCGUGGAUAGUUUGCCACAGGGUGUCGCUACCUCCGCCGCAGCUUUGGCUGGAAUUGGUGCCGUGUUUCAAGCGGGGGGUUUCCCCGGCCUUGGCCACGUGUACGUUGCUGCAGCGAUCGAGCAGGUGUGCGAACUAGCGGUGUCUGCAAGACAAGAAGCGAAGGCGGCGGGCGAUGAACAGGCAAAGGGGGGGCCCUCCCGCGCUCAUGUAGGGGCGGCACGGGUUGCCGUGGAUGUUCUUCGCGGCAUGUGCCUGGCGGAGGGGAGCAGUAGCGAGGAGGAAGGGGUGAGAGUUCUGCUCGAGGCUAGGCGGGCUGUGUCCGAUGUCGACUCGAGAGUCGUCGCCCCAGCGACGGUGGCGUACCUGGAGUGCGUGGCGGGGUUGGGCUUGUCGUGGGUGUACCAGAGGAACGGUCGCCUGGUGGAAGCGAUGGAGGAAGUACGGCAAGUGAUGCGGCUGUGUCGCGCUUGGGCUUCCGCUGGAGGCUCGCUCGUAGCAUCGGACAAGCAGGUCGUUGCUCUCUCGGCGGGGAAGGGCGACUGCAUCCACGACGAAGGGUCAAAUGGGCUCGCUGAUGCUGGGAGUCACCACGCGGAGGCUGAGGAGGGCGUCGGGACAGAGAGCGGAGACACGGAGGACACGUUAGGAGACGAGGCAGCAGGCGGCGGACACGGCCAGGAAAGGACAGGUUUCGCGCUGGGCUCGCGCUGGAUACCGAUCUAUCUCGAAGGCUUGGCGCGCAUGGGGCGGUUGUGGCGUCAGAGGGGGAUGGCCUCCAAGGCCAGCCUCGCGUUGCGGCAGGGCUGUGUGAUGAGCGAGUCGCUGCAUGCCGCCCGAUUCCUACGGCGCUGCCUGCUCGAGGAGAUCGAAGUUGCCACAGGGAAGCACCAGUUCGCUCGCGCCGACCGCCUCCUUCGAGCUAGCCGGGAGCUCGUGCGCCAAGAGCGGCGGCAGUUGAUAUCGGUGGAGGGGGGCGCUGUUUCUUCUGGGUGCGCAGCCUGUCAAGCACCAGACCCUAUAGGUGCCGCGGCCCCAGGGGGCGGCGCUCCACCACCGUCAACCAAAGAAAAAGGGUCCAAGAGGGGAGCUAAGAAACCGGGCGGGAAGGGGAAGCCGUGUCCAACGGCGGAGGCGGCGACACCCACGACGGCGGUAUGCGCUCGCUGCCGCGAGCUGGCGGUGAACACGGCGGAGUUGGCCGCAGCGGAGGCGUCGCUCUUGCGAAAGCAGGGGGGCUUUGUGGGAGCCCUCGAGGCCUGUGAGCGAGGGAAGGCGAUCGUUGCCCCUCUGCUCCAAGCCGCCGGCGAGCCGGCGCUGCUGUGGAGUGGCUCGUUGUCGUUUGCGCGAGUGUCGGCGGAGCAUGGUCAACAGGUGAAAGCGGCCGAGUCAAACGGUCUCGGCUGGCGAGCGGUAGAGGUCUUAUCCAUGCUCCGUCUGCAGCAAGGCCGAGUGUCUUGCCUCCUUGGGGACGCCACCGCGGGGGAAGCUCUGCUCCAGGACUGCUCAAGUUUGGAAGGCGCCCCCGCUCUCGUACGCGCAACGGCGCUCUACCGGAUAGGGCGGAUGUCCCUGGAUGUCGGAGACGGGGCGGGGGCGAAACUCCCAUUAGAGAGAGCGGAAGCACUCGCUAGAGGUUCUGGUGCCCCCAAGCUCGUCCGAAAAGUGCGGCGGGCCCUGGCCGUGACGCUGACCGAGCUCGCUGCCAAGGGAGGGCCGGAGAGCGUCAACAUCGACGGGACUUGGAGAGUAGCGGCUCUGUCUAGCCUGUCGGUGGGGGUGACGCAGUGCAAUCAGGCCACCCACGUGUCCUCGAGGCGUCCCCGCAAGGGCGAAGCUGUGCCGAAGUUUUCGGAGGACUCGGCGGGGCUGAGACUGUUUGAUGCUGUCAGCGGGGGCCGCGGGGGGACGACGGCGGAAGAGUGUCGUCAGCAUGAGGGCUCCGAAGUCGUCUGCGGGGAAGGCUUGCUCGAGGACGCGGUCACUUCCGACCUCCGGGCCGAGUGGCCGAUCGUUAGCCUGUGCCUGGCUCCAGGGGAAGGCGCGUGCAAGCGCCUGCUGGUCACCCGCCUCGCUCGAGGGAAGCCGCCGCUGACGGCGUCCGUUCCGCUAUCGCCCGACGACACCCGGCUUCUGGAGCGUUGGCGAGAGAUCAUGGAGGAGAAUCGGGAUUCCCUCCGGGGUCACAGCGCUGAAGAGGCGGCGGAGUACGGGAACCAGCAGAAGGCCAAGUGGUGGGAACGGCGGGUCGCCGUGGAUGAGAUGGUCGGCAACUUGCUGCGCGAUUUGGAGGACCGCUGGCUGGGGGCCCACGGCCUCGCAGCCGUUCUUCUGGGCGAUGUCGUCGAGGAAGUGUUGGGGUCGGAGUUGGAGCGUGUUGUUGAGUUUGCCGAGGGUCGGCUGCUUGCAGCCCGUGGCGCCGGGGGGGGAGGGAAGAGUUUACCGCGAGCGAAGGGAGGAAAGCGGCCCCGCGGGGGCGCGACCGCUGGGGGCGGGCGGGUGGACGGCGGGCUACCAAGCGGUUUGUCGGAGCUGAUUCGCGUGUGCGUGCGGGGCGGGGAGGUGAUGGGCAAGGAGGGGUGGCUCGCGUUAGUGCGGCUGGCCAUGCCGGGGGCUGAGAAGGACGGCGCGGCGGCAGAGGAAAUUUCUCGAGAGAUUCACGAGAGAGUGCGGGAGGCUUUCAGGGCCGAGGUGCGGGAGGUAAGAAGCCACAAGGAUGCGUCUUCGCCCGUUCCUUCUGGUGCUUUCGCGGGAGACCCAAAAUUGAGUCUUGACAUCGAAAACGGUCGUCGUUCUAGUGGUGGCAAACGCGGGGCAGCAGUGCAGGCCGCCUCCCGCAGUCCUGCUCCGGCUGCCGGUAGUCCUUUGAUCGACGGGGUCGCCAUGUCGAAGAUGAAAGUGGCCGACUUGCGCCGGGAGUUGUCAGCUAGAGGUAUCUCGAUCACGGGGCUGAAACUGAAGACCGACCUGCUCGCCAGACUUGAGAAUGCGGUGGGAGAAGAGGAGGAGCAUCAAGGGGCGGAGACUGGCUGCCUCGCUGGCAGUGUUGCCUUGAGGCCAUCCACGCCGAGUAGAGUCGGUUCUCCGGCCGUGAAGGGCAAGGGCAGCGCGAAGAGGAGCUCGGCAACGGCUCGACGAACGGCGACAGGCUCAAACGGUGACGUCGGCGGUGACGGUGACUGUAAAGGGACGGGCGGCAGGGUAGGAGGCGGAGGUCGGGCCGAGCGGCACCCGGUGGUUCUGGUGUUGGACGAGGAGCUCCAAGCUAUCCCGUGGGAGGGGUUGCUGUGCUUGCGCGGUCAUGCGGUUACCCGUGUCCCGGCGGUUCCGUUCGUCUUCGCCGCGCUGGCGACAAGGUGGGACGGGGAUGACAACUCCGAGGCAAGCUCCAGACACCCAAGCAGCAGCAGCAGCAGCGAAGGUGAACCAUCGCCAGCGAGCAAUCUAGAGCAGGCUUGGAUUCCGUCACGAGAUGGGGUUAGGCUGGACAGAGGGUACUACGUCUUGGACCCAGAGGCGAACCUAGCGCACACCCGGCAUCAUCUGGGGCCGGUUUUCCAGGGGCUUGGGCGGCGGUUAGGGUGGUCGGGGGUAGAGGGAGAAGCACCGACCGAGGAGACCAUGGCACAGACUCUCCAAGAAGUGGAUGUCUUCGCUUACAGUGGACACGGAGCGGGGGAGAUGCUGGUGGGGAGGGAUACGGUGGCGGGGUUGGCGAGGUGCCCGGUGGCCGUGCUGAUGGGGUGCAGCAGCGGCCGGUUGAAGGGCUACGGUGACUUCGAGCCGAUGGGGAUGGCGACGAGCUACUUGGUGGGGGGCAGCCCUGCUGUCGUCGCCAAUCUGUGGGAUGUCACCGACAAGGAUAUCGACCGCUUCAGCGUGGCGCUUUUGGAUGCGUUUAUGGCAAAGGGAGGGGCGAGCGACGGUGGUAGAGGGAAGCCAGCAAACACUCUGGCGCACGCAGUAGCCCAAUCUAGGGCUGAGUGCAAGAUGCCGUUUAUCAUUGGGUAUGCGCCAGUUUGCUACGGGAUUCCGAUGACGGCCGCGCCGUCAUGACCGGUGCCCCCUUCUGAGCAUUGAUGUAACCUGUCUGUUUUCACCGAACCAAAUAGUGGUUGUGUUUGGCUAGUUGUUUGUGCCCGUUCGUAUGCCACGGUUGGACGGGACGUGGGCUGA